AAAGACCACCGGAAGCUCCGACAGUUAUGUACAGCCUCUGUCUUUACGGAUGUUGCGUCACCGCAGUUUUAAAGCAAGCCGAGUCGAGCCAGGCCACAAACCCAGAGCAGAUGGACCGACCCUAAAAUCCUGGACUAAGCGCGGCACCGGGACCCGGAUCAAAGAACCGGACCGUACCGGGACAGCCCGGGGCGGAGCGGACUGAAGUUCGAUUCUCGGAGCUUUGAAGGGGGCUGAAAGCGCCUCGGUACCCGGGACUCCUCUUCCAAAAUGGCCGACGCCGAAGGGUCCCCGGCUGUGCGCUCGCUCCGCCUUUCCCACUCUGCGCAACCCCCUCCCCCCGCCUCGUCCUCCUCUCCUACCACGUUCUCCUGCCCCUCCUCCCCCUCCAGCGCCUCCUCUUCCUCAUCCUCCUGCUCUGAGAGUUCCUCAGACUUCCUCACUCACCAUCACCAUCAUCAUCACCGUCAUGCUCGCCCUCAGCUGCAGCUGCCUCCGCCCACCCACGGGGAUCAGGCCUCCUCUCCCAGCGCCAGCCCCCGCAGCUCCUCCCCUAGCGGGAGCAUCGGCAGCACCUGCAGCCUCGGUAGCAGCAGCGCCAGCGAGGGCAUCGGCAGCGGAGGCACGUCAAGCGGUGGCGGCGACCAGCGAGGACCAAGUCCUCCGCUGGACGUCAUCUCAGAGGACGCCAUGGAGAUGGACCUAGGUGUCGAGCAAGUCAUCGACCCGGAGGUGGCGCUGAAGGCGUGCCAGGAAGUGCUCCUUAAAGUCAAACUGCAGGAUGAUCAGCGGCAGCACCCGGCAGAUGUGGCAGAGCGCGGCGCCGUGACCCAGCUCAUCAGCCCAGAUGCCGGCUCCAUCAAAGAGGAAGAUGAGGAAGACACCGACACGCUGUCCCAGCCCGACCCGCGUCCUUCGGCUCGGCCAGAACCUUUCUCGCCACCGUCGUCAUCAAAGCAGUCGUGGCUGCUGCGCCUGUUCGAGUCCAAGCUGUUUGACGUCUCCAUGGCGAUUUCCUACCUGUACAAGUCAAAGGAGCCGGGUGUGCAGGCGUACAUCGGGAACCGUCUCUUCAGCUUCCUGGACAGCGAGGUCGAUUUCUACCUGCCGCAGCUGCUCAACAUGUACGUGCACAUGGACACAGAGGUGGGCGACGCCAUCCGACCGUACCUGAUCCACCGCUGCAGCGCCAGCAUCACAUUCUCGCUGCUCUCUGCCUGGCUGCUCGGUGCCUACUCCUCCGACAUGCAUAUCUCCACCCAGCGCCACUCCAGAGGAACCAAACUCCGAAAGCUCAUCUUGUCCGACGAGCUCAACCCCGCCCCAUCUGACAGCCCCGCAUCCUCGCCGUCUCACCGCCGCCAUCGCCAUCACAGACACGAUGGCAGCAACGCCGAGGCCUCUUCCAUGUUUGGCCCUGGACAGGGACAAGCCGAGGUGUUUGUUUCCCCGUCCAGGAGGACCCACCAGAGAUCCAAGUCGGAUGCCACCAUGGCGAGCAAUGGACCUGGUGCUGGUCUCCGACGGACUGGCAGUAACCCAAAAGUGGAGGCGGUCCACGAAGAGCCCGAGCGUCUCCGUCCUCAGAGGGAGUUCAUCAAGUCUCUGCUGUGCAUCGGGAAGCGUCUCGCCACGCUGCCCACCAAAGAGCAGAAGACCCAGCGUCUGAUCUCCGAGCUGUCGCUGCUCAACCACAAGCUGCCGGCCCGAGUGUGGCUGCCCACCGCCGAGCACCAGCACCAUGUCUGCAGGGUCCCCCAUACACAGGCUGUGGUCCUAAACUCCAAGGACAAGGCUCCAUACAUCAUCUACGUGGAGGUGUUGGACUGCGACAGCUUCGAGACGUCUCCCGUUCCCGUUCGCAUCCCAGAGACGCGGAUACGCUCGGCCCGCUCCGCAGAGAACCUGGACUGCAGCACCGCAGCUAAUGGCAGCAGUGGUAUGACAUCGGAACACAGAACGGGAAGUUUCUGCACCGUCCCAAACUACGACAACGAUGACGAGGCGUGGGCCACCGAUGAUAUCGGGCAGCUGCAGGUGGAGAUGGAGGCUCAGACCAGCAGCAGCGACAACAUCAGUCAGUUUUCAGUUGACAGCAUCACGAGUCUGGAGAGCAAAGAGCCGGUGUUCAUCGCAGCCGGAGACAUCAGACGGCGGCUAUCGGAGAACCUUGCUCACACUCCCACCGCAUUCAGGAGGGACCCCGAGGACCCGUCGGCUGUUGCCCUCAAAGAGCCCUGGGAGGAGAAAGUCAGGCGGAUCCGAGAGGCGUCUCCGUACGGCCACCUGCACACCUGGAGGCUGCUGUCGGUCAUCGUGAAGUGUGGGGACGAUCUGAGGCAGGAGCUGCUGGCCUAUCAGGUCCUCAGACAGCUGCAGUCCAUCUGGCAGCAGGAGCGCGUUCCUCUGUGGAUCAAACCCUACAAGAUCCUCGUCAUGUCUUCAGACAGCGGGAUGAUCGAGCCCGUCCUCAACGCCGUCUCCCUGCACCAGGUGAGGAAGCAGAGUCAGCUGUCGCUGCUUGACUACUUCCUGCAGGAACACGGCAGCUUCACCACAGAGGCCUUCCUCACCGCUCAGAGGAACUUCGUGCAGAGCUGCGCCGGCUACAGCCUCAUCUGCUACCUGCUGCAGGUCAAAGACAGGCACAACGGGAACAUCCUGCUGGACUCCGAGGGCCACAUCAUCCACAUCGACUUUGGCUUCAUCCUCUCCAGCUCUCCUCGCAACCUCGGCUUCGAGACAUCUGCCUUCAAGCUGACCUCGGAGUUCGUGGACGUGAUGGGCGGGCUGAACGGAGAUAUGUUCAACUACUACAAGAUGCUGAUGCUUCAGGGUCUCAUCGCAGCCAGGAAGCACAUGGAGAAGGUGCUGCAGAUCGUGGAGAUCAUGCAGCAAGGUUCCCACCUGCCGUGCUUCCACGGCUCGAGCACCAUCCGUAGCCUGAAGGACCGUUUCCACAUGUCUCUGACAGAGGAGCAGCUGCAGCUGCUGGUGGAGCAGCUCGUGGACGGGUCCGUGCGCUCCAUCACCACCAAACUCUACGACUCCUUCCAGUAUGUCACCAACGGCAUCAUGUGACCCGUCUGGACUGAGCGGUGGCCGGAGCCGGCAGACGUUUCGCUGCGCCGCCGCCUCGAUGGAGCCGCCUCGUCACCGUCAUCGGGGUCGAAGCGGCUGCUGGAAGACUCGAUAGAGACGGAAACCACUUCAUCACAUCGUUUAUGGAUUUACAUCUGCAGCUAAUCGAAGCGACAUCACGGCAGAUUCGACUUCCUGCUGCUCGUCACACGGAAAUGCGUGAACUCGUCACUGCUGUCGACUUUAUUAACCAGCUCAUAAUCACUACUAAACUGCCCAGCAGCAGAGCGUUUACAGACACAACCACCACUACUUCACCCAUCCUUCAGCUAAAAACAGCUCAAUGUUUCCGAUUCCACGUCUGUUGACAGGAAAACGUCUGAGAAAGGCGUUUUGUUCUUUCCAGCAAACAUCCUGUAAUUACAGAAGCUCCUUUUCCAAAGAUAAAAGUCUCGUAAUCGUAAGCCCGAGAUUCCAGAAGGCGCCCUCUUUUUCCUCCCAACUUGUCGUAGUUUAAAGUGGACUCAGAGGAGAAAUCCGCAGUAACUCGAGGUUGAGCCCGAGGACACGUCUGACUGGGUCGGCACGAACCUUCUCUUGACGUUUAAAUGAAGUCCGAGUGGACGCGAACACCAGCAGAGGUCGAAGGAGUUUGCUCUCCGAAUCAGAAUGGCUACGAGGAAAAAGCACAACGUGAACUGAGCGUUCUCGGCACGCUCACAGAAAGGCUGACGUAUCCACCCUCCUUUACAGAUUAUCGCUUUAUCUUCCAGCAGCAUUCCUGUUUUCACCAGACAUUUCUCACAGCUCAUCGUCAGCCUUGUCCCGACAUUUUUAGCAACUGUAAGCGCGUCGAGGUUUGGGCAAGCUCAAAUUCUUUUGUCCUGAACGUCCAUUAGCCUGAGCCAGUGACCACUGCUGCUCAUUUUCCUCUGUUUUAUUUCAUUGUAUUUCACUUUUUCCUAAACUGUUAUUUUACCACUUUAGCUCAUUUUUCUUUCCCAAAUAUCUAUUUAGCUGUUUGGUUUUUAACAGAGUCACUGUCAUGCUAGCUAUGCUAAUGGAGAAUUACUCACAGACUGUGGAGGAGCAAAGUCCAGAAUAUUUAUUAGAAAUAUGGCCAUUACUACAAUAAACUACAUUAUUAUUUUUUAAUUACUAGGGGAGAUGUCUUUUUAAGCUAAUGUUCCUGUACUAGCUAACAAAAUUAAUACUUAGCUAAGGCUAAUCAAAGAAAUAAAUGAGUCCUGUCCUCAUUUCCUAAUAACAUUACUCUUUCACUGCUGUAGUAUACAGCUUAUGCUCUCUCACUAGCUAAUAACCACUAAACUACUAGCAGCAGAGAGUAUACGUUUAUUAUACACUUAAGUUGAUUUUUCCCUCAUUGCAGUUUGUUAGCAAUUAACCUGACAGUGUCUUGGAUAAAACUUUUCGCCAAGUUACUUUUUUUAUUUAUUCCUCUCUAAAAUAAGUACUUUUUGUAACAAGAUAACAAACACGCCAUUUUAGUUGCUGUCUCUCUAUAAGCCUACUUUCGUCUGAUUGGCUGACUUGCAGUAGUCUGUAGAGGGGCAGCACUUUCUUCUGAACUGCACUUUCCGUUUAAACCUUUGACCAACUAGCAUCAGCACAAAAAACACAGUAAGUUGCCUUUGAGAGCUUUUAUAAAACAGUUUUGUCUUGUUAGUGUAAGAAAAUACUAAACCUUUAUCAAUGUGACGAGUGUCUGGUGAAAAAAAAUAUUUACUUUCAUUUUUUUUAUUUUAAUGUUUGUUACAACAUCUUUUUAGGUCCAAUUUCAAUUUCUGAAAAAAAGUUACUGAAGUUGUGUUGUUCAUGUGUUUCUGUCAACUCGGUGCACAUGCUAGAAAUUAUACAGUGACAAUGUCAGUGUACAGUAAGUGGCCGUUCUGAGCCAAAGGGUUCUUAUCAGGAGAAUUAUACUUAUUAUUAUCACUUUGGACUAAACGCGUUAUUGUUAUGUGAGUCUGUAUUUACGUACUAAGAGCUCAGCAGUGUUCCUCUCUGAUUGGCCCCAAUUCCGUUGGUUAAUGCUGGCCAGUCAGAAGAGGCGGUUCUGUGCACGCUGAGCUUGGGUUCUUUGAGACUGACGAUCAGUUUCCUGAACACGUGAAUGUUUUAGACGUGUUCUCGCUGUUGAGCGAAAGCUAGCGGUUUUAGCAGCUGCUGCUGAUGUCGCUGUAAUGCUGGAACACUGGCUUUAUUUCAGCGUCUUACACAUAGGAACGGCUUCCUGUGUAUUUCUACAGUAUGCACCUCUACCUGACGCACUAAAUGAGAACAUUUCGGAUAGCGUUUGCUAGCUAACAGUUGUCAUUUCUGUAAAUAGCAACUUUCCCCGCUGUUUAAGGGCAGCAGCAGUUCACUGGAGGCUGGCUUUGAGCUGCAGUCCCAGUUAUGACUGAAAUCAAACAUAAAGCAUUUUUACAGCUAGCUAAACGGUAAGCUAAUACAGCGUUACAUUUGUAGAGAUGAGCAGUUAACUGAUUACAUAGCUGGAGCUAAUUUCAGUGAAAGAACGUGUUAUAGUGGCAGUUUCCUCUAAAACGAUUAAAAUAUAAUUUUACUCUCAGAUGCACUUGAUUAUUAGCGGGUAGCAAGACACAAAAUCUUUCCAAUUUGGUUAGUUAUUCCAUACGAAUGGUAAUCAGCUAACAUCAGGUCGGGGCUAAAAUCUGGUCACCUGAAGCUCGGACAUUAUCGUUUUAUUUUCUGUUUUGUUUUUAUUCUUGUUUAUUAAUGAAUGUUUAACUGUGAAAAGGGGGACGCUGAGCCGGCGGACAGUGAACUGGGUCUUGGUGGAAUAAAGCCAGUGUUUGUAGUAGUUUUCUGACCACUGUAAAAGGACAACCACAGUUCUGUUGUCGUGAACGCAGCGCCACGUUACCGUCUGCUAACUAGCUCACUAUUUUACGUGCAGCUGUGUCUAAAGUUUACCAGAUUAGCAAACGCUCUUUGCAUUCUUUGUCGUUCGUUAUUUGUGAAUCUGUACACGAACCGAGUUUGUUUCCCGUGAGAAAAAUCGAUGCCUUGAGACGUACAGAAGGUACAAACUUAUCAAUGCAACAGGAGGGACGGUGGGACCUCAGAAGUGCUUUUUAUAUCCUCGGUUUGACGGCUCCAGGGACAAGUUUCAACACUCCAGUACCCCUCGCUCAUCUGCAUUUAUUUACAUUUCAAGUCUCGUCUCGGGGUGUAAGCGCUACAGAGGGGCUCUUUAAAAUGUAAAAUCAUUGGGGAGUGAUACUGCUGUUUGACAAGCUGGAGACGCCUGUAAAGUCGAGCCAAAUGAUGGGUUAGUUGCAGUUUGGAGGCUAGUGGGGAGAACGGAUGGUUGAAACUAAUCCCUGCCGCUGAACAUCCUCAUUGCCUUUCUGUCAUCAGCUCUGAACACAGUCAGUGUGAAAAAGUGCAUUUAUGAAACGUUUCUGUCGUUUGUGAGGAUUCUUUGUUGUUAAUAUUUUACUAAAA